CUCUCUUUCUCUCUUCGCAUCUCGUUUAUUUUCUCCUUCCUAAUUCACUCGUUACUCUCGCCCGUAGCAUCAACGCAAUCACCAUGUCAUCCGAAUCCGAAAUCCCCAAACCAGAUCAAGAAGGAGAAGAUGAAUCCUCAAAAUCAGCGAGCAAAAAAGCUGCAAAGAAGGAAGCAGCAAAGCAAGAGAAGUUACGUCGCCGUCAGGAAGCCGCUUUGGCCGCCGCCGCCGCGUCCUCACUUUCUAUCGAGGAGGACCCACUCGCGGCGAACUAUGGUAAUAUUCCGCUUCAAGAUCUGCAAUCGAAGGUGGAAGCAGAUCUAAAAGCGUGGACACAAGUCGGAGACCUGACUCAUGAGUUGAAAGAAAAAGAGGUGUUGAUUCGCGGCCGUGCGCAAACCACGCGCGCUGUUGGAAAAAAUAUGGCAUUUGUUGUGGUUAGAGAGAAAGGUUUUACUGUGCAGUGUGUGGUUACUGCGCGGCCUGAUGUAGUUAGUAAACAGAUGGUCAAGUUUGCCGCUGGAUUGAGCCGGGAGUCAAUUGUUGAUAUCCAUGGCGUUGUUUCUGUCCCCUCUAUUGCUAUUAAGGGCACCACACAGCAGGUUGAGAUUCAAGUUAGUAAGCUUUAUUGUGUUGACAAAGCUAUGCCGACACUUCCCAUUAAUAUUGAGGAUGCUUCUCGAAGUGAGAAGGAAAUUGAAGAGGCUUUGGAGGCUGGAGAACAACUUGUUCGUGUCAAUCAAGAUACACGGCUGAAUUAUAGAGUUCUGGACUUUCGAACAUCUGCUAACCAAGGGAUUUUCCGCAUUCAAUGUCAAGUUUGCAAUAUAUUCAGGCAGUUCUUAUUGUCAGAAGAUUUUGUUGAAAUCCACACACCAAAACUGAUAGCAGGCUCCAGUGAAGGUGGUUCUGCUGUGUUUAAGCUGGACUACAAAGGGCAAGCUGCCUGCUUGGCUCAGUCACCUCAACUUCACAAGCAAAUGGCAAUUUGUGGUGAUUUUGGGCGUGUUUUUGAGAUUGGUCCAGUUUUUAGGGCAGAGGAUUCUUACACUCAUAGGCAUUUAUGCGAGUUUACCGGUCUUGAUGUUGAAAUGGAGAUUAAGCAACACUAUACCGAGGUGAUGGAUAUUGUUGACCAUUUAUUUGUCACAAUGUUUGACCAUUUGAAUAAAAAGUGCAGCAAAUAUCUUGAAGCAGUUGGGAGGCAAUAUCCAUUUGAACCUUUGAAGUACCUGCCAAAGACUCUGCGCCUAAGAUUUGAAGAGGGGGUUCAAAUGCUCAAGGAAGCAGGAGUGGAAAUUGAUCCUUAUGGGGACUUGAAUACAGAAUCAGAGAGAAAACUUGGGCAGCUUGUUUUGGAGAAGUACGGCACUGAGUUUUACAUUCUUCACCGGUAUCCUUUGGCUGUUAGGCCAUUCUACACCAUGCCAUGCUAUGAUGAUCCAAAAUACAGUAACUCAUUUGAUGUCUUUAUUCGAGGUGAGGAGAUAAUUUCCGGAGCACAGCGUGUCCAUGUACCAGAAUUCUUGGUAGAACGUGCACAGGCAUGUGGGAUUGAUGUCAGCACAAUAUCAACAUACAUUGAUUCUUUCAGAUAUGGUGCCCCUCCUCAUGGUGGGUUUGGAGCAGGGUUGGAGCGUGUGGUGAUGCUAUUCUGUGGUCUGAACAACAUUCGUAAAACAUCACUUUUCCCUCGUGACCCGCUGAGGAUCGCUCCAUGAUAGUGUGUUUUGAGAGCAGCCGGAGAUCAAUGAUUUACGGUGAUAUCUUUCAAGAAAAUCUAUGCUUAGAAGUGUGAAAUUCCUCGAGAGAAGAGGAUUCUUUUUUGGUGCACACUGGUCAACGACUUUUGUGGAGGACUUGAUAUUCUAAAUCCACGUUCUUAUUUAGGUCAUACUUUUGUUAUCUAGUAUUUCAGUGGAGUGCUUAGCUGCAAAAUCCUGUUUAAGCCCUUUCGUGGCUUGAUGACACUCCCGGUUUGAACAAGUAGCAUUUGAAUUGAAAUGGAAUCAAUGAUAAACUAAUCGAUGUUCUAAACAUCAAUUCCUUUAGACACAA